GAGACGAUGACCAGAUACACCAGCCCGGUGAACCCGGCUGUGUUUCCCCAUCUAACAGUGGUCUUGCUGGCCAUCGGCAUGUUCUUCACCGCCUGGUUUUUUGUCUAUGAGGUUACUUCAACCAAAUACACCAGAGACAUCUACAAGGAGCUGCUCAUCUCUUUGGUGGCUUCACUUUUUAUGGGCUUCGGUGUGCUCUUCUUGCUACUCUGGGUUGGCAUCUACGUAUGA